AUGUCUAGCACAGAGCCAGUGCAAGCGGUUGUAAACAUACCUCGAAGACGCCGUAGAACCAGUCCGGUGAAUGCACAUACAGUCCCGGACACUGCGAAUAGUGACAGUCAGCUUAUCAGUGAUAAGCUCUAUGUCCACCUUCCGCCCAACAUCUCGAAAGAGGAUAUUUUCAUGGCGUUGCAGCACUGUAAUCCGGUAGACAUCCAGCUUUCUCACCACACGGAUCACAUCAGUGGACACGUCCAAUUUGCCACCGCGGAUCAAGCCGAACGGGUGUAUGUCCUUUAUAAGGGCAUCAAACUAAAAAACGGCGAGUCUUUGCAUCUUCGAAGCCAGUUUGAUGAACAAGAGGAGAUCGUGGAAUCGUCAAAGGAUGAUCGGAUACUGCAAGUCAGUGGUCUUCCUCUGGACAGCUCCCUCGACCAUCUCUACGAUUUAUUCCGCCCGUUUGGUCCACUGAGAAUGUGCAAAAUUAAUCCAACGCAUCGUAAUGCACAAACGAAAACCGCUUCUGUCCAAUUUCUACGGUCGGAAGACAGCGAAAAAGCGGAAGCCGCCAUGCAUAAGGCAUUGAUCCGAAAAAAUAUCAUUCAUGUUGUCCCUUAUGUAGCAUCUCAGUCCAAUAGAACACAUGUGAGCGGUCGACAGUCCACAAUUGUAAAAUCGAAUAAUCAGACACGCCGUCGUGGGAAGCCGCAUCCAAGUUUGCAGUCAGAUCCGCAGACCAUGGUGGAUUACAGCAACUUGUACAUCCGAAAUUUGGAUUUGAGAUUGCGGAGUUCGCACCUUUUCAAUGCUUUUCGAUCCUUUGGACACAUCGUCUCAGCUUGUGUCAUGAGAGAUCGUCGUACCAAGGACUCCAGAGGGUUCGGAUUUGUCAGCUUCAGUACGGCCAAUGAAGCCUGCUACGCCAUGCAAAAAAUGAAUGGUACUUGUCUUAUGUCCAGACGUAUCAGUAUUGCCUUUCAUGAACCCAAAAAACGCGAACGAAGAACAUCCGUGAUGGUCGAACCAACCGCGCCAAAGUUCAACGAUCCUCCGAGCACUUUUGCCGUAUCGUUUAACCCGCCUCCUCCUACAUCUUUUCCCGCCGAUGCAUUAUAUUAUCCAGUUCUUUUCACCUCUGAUUCAAAUGCCGCCUUAUCAUUGACAGCCUUCCAACCCAACGCUUUCAUUCCAUCUUCUAUGCCCCCUCUCAUGCCGUCCGUCGAUGCAACAGGUCAACCGUCCGUCAAUCCUUUCCAGUCUUUUUCAUGGAUGAACGUGUCGAACACUAUUCAACCAGACUGUGGAGUGGUUGUCCCUACAUACGAGUAUCCCGUAUCGUUCCCUCAAGAACCCACUGAAUAUCCAUGGAAUAUGUAUGGCACGGAAGCAUCGCAGUCCCCAUUUCUAGCGGAUAUCAUGCUUUAUGUGCGACGCCAACGUCUCUUUAAUGCUGUUGCUCAACUCACGGAAUUUGAGCCGAGCAUCGACACUAUCGAUAUGCUGUUAACUUUGGGCAUCGCAGAACAAUCCUUAUGCUUUUUCAAUCCCACUUUUCUGAAAACCAAAGUUCAGCUGGCUCAAAUGUCCGUUGAAGCAUUCCAAAAAAAACGCUAA